AUAUCUGACAACAAAUAUUUUUGAAUUCAGUCAUACUUACUAUAUUUUACACAAUAAUGUAACUGUAAUGUAUCUAUAUUAUCGUUUGUUACUGUUUAUAUUCGGUUUCGCAGUAGGUUUGUACUUAGCGAAAAUAGUAUGCAACGAUUUCAACGCAUUUAAACGUGGAAAUAGAAAUAUUAAACCAUUCACCAAUGAAGCUUACAACAAUUGGUUCAACAAACAACAAUUAAACAAACGAUACAUAAAUUGGGACCAAAUUCGAUAUGGAAACGCAUCAGUUACAUUAGAAUCAAACUACUUAUAUGAGAAAGUUCCAAUUUUAUGCCUGAUAUUGGUGAAAUCAGAGAAAAAUGCACAGGCAGCCAAAAACACAUGGGCUAAAAGUUGUAACCAAGUGGAAUUGGUUAAACUACCAGAAUCCAGGAAACCUCAAAUAAAACGCAACAAGAAGCAAUCUUCAUGGGUUUUGUUGUGUGAGAAGAUGUUCACAGUAACAAACUACAAAUGGGUUUUAAUUGUUAAUGAUUAUACAUUUUCAAUACUUGAGAACCUGAGAUAUUUCCUGGCACCUUUGAAUUCUGACCAGGAUUAUUAUUUAGGGCACACUGUAACAUUCUGGGGCCAUGACUACAAUCUAGGUCAAGCUGGUUAUGUUUUGAGCAAUGGUGCACUUAAAAAGCUUAUUAACAAAUUGAAUAACUCCCAGGAUUGUUCCAAAGAUCUGACCUUCUGGAACAGGGAGGAUUUUUACUUGGGAAAACAUUUAGGUCAAAUAAACAUUCAUCCAAUUGAUACUCGAGAUGAAGGAGGAUUUUCUACAUUCCACCCAUACAAUUGGUACCAUGCAUUUUAUCCAGGGGAGGGACAUUAUAAAUUAAGCAAGUAUCCACACAUCUGUUGCAGCAAUAAGUCUGUUACUUUUCAGGCUAUUGAAGGGGAUAAAAUGUAUACUUAUUACUAUUUAUUCUACACUUUGCAAUUAUUCAUCAAUGGCAAAUAUGGCAAUAAACCUUUACCAAAGGAAUCUACAUAUGAGGUUUGGAAGUCUUUUCUUAAAGAGAGAAACAUACCCAGUGAUAAUAUUAGUCCGGAGAUGUAUUAUAAGGUUUGGGAGGAUCUUAUUGAUGACCCAAAUUCUUUUGCUAAAAACAUGAAAAGAGAAGAGUCUGAAUUGUAAAAUGGUUGCUAUUUUUAUACCAAUGUUUAUAUUUUUCCACUAAUAAAUUUUUUUAAUCGUU